UAGCUAGCUACAUCCCCCAGAAAUUAUCACGUCACCCAAACAACACGCCUUCUUCGAAGUUGUGGAUUGUUAUUUCACUAGCUACCUGAUUGUGAGCUAAUAUAUCGAAAUCUAACAACCAUGGAUAAAAAGAAAAAGCAAUAUGCCGUGACUGCUUCAUCUCUGGUUGAUCUCAAAGCUGAACUCUAUAGGAAACAAGAGCAAUUCAAACAUGAAAAAUUGGGUCAAGAUGCUGGAACUAGUACCAAACCCCCCAAAAGCAAGAAACCUAAUGUGUGGAGCAAACAGAAUGAGGGUGUUUCAGAGCGGGCACAGAAAGAUGUGGAACUGGUGGCAGAGGAAGAGAACAACCUUGACAGGGCAAAGCGCAAGCUAGAGGAGAAGGCAAAACUGUAUGAGCAGAUGACGAAAGGAGACUUUCUGGAUGAGGAGACAGAGGGACUUUUUCUGGUGGAUUUCACCCAGAAGAUUAUUGACAAGAAGAGAGAGAAUCAUGCCCAACGAGAGAUUGAGAGAGAGGAUAGAGAGAGCUCCUCCCCCAUCCCACCCCCUGAGAACCCAGGCGAGGAAUGGGUGGAUUAUGUUGAUGCUUUGGGACGAUCUCGGAGAUGCAUGAAGAAAGACCUACCAGGGUUCAAGAAAAUGGACAAAGACUUUCAGGGAAAAAGACUUGACCCGGCUGAGAAGGACCUGCUGUCAGAGGACAUGCGUAGAGAGCUGCAAAGGCAGGAGUGGGAGAGGGAGGAGGAGGAGGCCAUGAACAGACCUGUGGGUCCAAUCCACUAUGAGAACAUCAGGGAGCAAGAGGCCCGUGAGCUGGGUGUGGGCUACUUUGCAUUCUCUCAGGACCAGGAGCAGCGAAGGAAACAGAGAGAGACCCUGGACAUGCUCAGAGACCAGACAACAGACCAGCGCAGUAAGAGGGACCAGCUGAAGGAGAAGAGAAAGACUCUGCUGGAUGCUCGGCUGGCCAAGGUGAGGCAGAGAAAGAUGAAGAAGGCCAAGCUGGACGGAACUGAGGACGACCAGGGAGAUGAACACAACCAAGAAGGGAAGGAGGACCUGAUUGGGCCCAUACCCCCAACAGGUGGAGCACCUGAAGAGGCCCCUGCAUUGAAGAAGGUGGUGGUGGAGAUCCAGGAGAGGAGGGACACCAAGCCAGGAGUACCCCACGUCAGAGAGUGGGACAGGGGCAAAGUGGACUUUUUUGGCGAGUGGACGAGUCGGCGGCGGGAUGAGAGGGAGUCGGAAUUUGCCCCUCCCUCUGCGUACUUCAGCAAUAAUAAAAGACAGAGCUAUGGGAAAGAGGCCAAACGUGAGAAGGACAAACCCAAAAUGGCCUUCAAGUGGUCAGAGGGGCAGGGUGGAGGGCGCAAGGUGCCCCAGGCCAACCCCAAAAGUACUCCUGUAUCCCAGCCUCAGCCCAGAAGUACUCCUAUACCCCAGCCAAGUACCCCUGAACCCUCACAACCUCAACCCACACAAUCCCCUGCUCAGCCCCAAAACACUGUCCAUCUCCAAAAUACACCUGCACCUCCAGAACCUCAGUGCCCCCCUCAACCCCCACCUCAGUACCCCCCCUCCCAACAGCCCCAACCCCAAUAUACACCACCACCUCCACCACCACAAACACACCCUCAGUUUGAUUACCCAUUUCAGCCCCAAUUUGCACACCUACCCUUUCAUCCCCAGUAUCCCACUCCACCUCACCUCCAGUAUGGAGCCCCACCUCACUACCCCCUCAAUACACCCCACAGUAUCCCCCCCAGCCCCCCACUCAGUCCCAGGCCCCCACUCAGACCCAGCCCCCCCCUCAGACCCAGCCCCCCUCCCAGAGCCUGGAUGACAUGCUGUCCUUCUACAAGAAUUAUUCUUGAUCCUCACAGACAUGCCUCACACAGGUGACACACAACUGUCUACCCUAACACACAAACAACGUCAAUGUGUGUUAGACUAUAAUGACAUUACCAUGAUCUUUGACCUCUCAGAGGGCACCAAAGAAGGAACCAUUUGUGUAAUUUGACCUUGGAUCUGUAACCUGCUUUCUUUAUUUAUGAUCUGUUAUUAAAAGAUAGCAUUUUCAUUUGA